UUGGUAAUGGAAUCCACAGUAAACUUAUACUACUGAUCCAUUCCCCUAUUAAUGAUGGAUGGAUAAUCAGAUAUGGUGUGCGAAAUAGGGGCCGUAAUAGUAAAUGUUAACUUCACACACACAAUUGUUUAUCUUCAUUCGGUUCUUUCAACGAUACCCUUUUUCUCUUCAGAGUUGAAAAAAGUAGCUCCCAUUCUUGCUUUCUUUCUCCUUCGCCCCUUCCCUGUUUCCUCUCUGAAAAAGCAAGGGAAAUAGUAAAGAAAAAAACAAGCCAAUCACAGAAAUUUCCAUUAGAAAUUGUUACCAUGUCUUCCCCAAGCAAGAGGCGAGAGAUGGACUUAAUGAAAUUGAUGAUGAGUGACUACAAGGUGGAGACGAUGAAUGAUGGGAUGCAGGAGUUCUAUGUGCAGUUCCAUGGACCCACUGACAGUCCAUAUCAUGGCGGGGUGUGGAAGGUACGAGUUGAGCUUCCUGAUGCCUAUCCCUACAAGUCUCCUUCCAUAGGAUUUGUUAACAAGAUCUAUCACCCCAACGUGGAUGAAGUGUCAGGUUCAGUUUGUCUGGAUGUUAUUAACCAGACCUGGACCCCCAUGUAUGACCUGGUUAAUGUUUUUGAGGUGUUUUUACCUCAGCUACUUUUGUAUCCAAAUGAAUUGGACCCAUUGAAUGAGGAAGCUGCUGCCAUGUUGAUGCGCGACAGAACUGCAUAUGAACAAAGAGUUAAAGAAUACUGCCUGAAAUACGCCAAGCCAGAGGAUGCAGGGGCCAUCCCAGAAGAGAAGUCGAGCGAUGAGGAGCUGACUGAAGAUGAAUAUGAGUCGAGCGAUGAGGUUGUUUUGGGACCUGUGGAUCCAUAGUCUUCUCUCUGUAACUGUAACCAUCCAUGUAGUUUGUGCAUAUCAUGUGGCAUUUCUGUCACAAAAUUGUAAUUUAAUUACACAUAGCAAUAACUGUUAAUUGGAAUGGAUGCAAAAAGACUCAACUGCUUCUUCUUGA